AUUUCCGACAUUUGCACAGACCUGCGACAGAACACUGGCCGAGGGAAAGCACUAAUGCUGCUCAUUGAGAAGUAUGGGCUAUUCGGCGCCUGGGCAGAUCCGACGCCUUUGGAGACGGGCCUUUCGUCUAAGGAGUCUCUUGAACAACUCAUUGGCAAGGGUGCGUUUAAGCCUCUUGAUCUACAAGCUUUGAUCCACGGCACAUCACAGAACAAAUUCAGCACCAAAGAUAAGCGUGCGCUCGCUGUCAAGCUUGGAUUUUGCCUCAUGGACUUCUUCGAUGCCGAAAUCACCUCAAAAAGGAUCUAUUUUUGGGAAGCCUCGAAAUUGGGCCCGAGGAAAGAGUUCCCAUAUCUCUCAUUUGGCUCGAAGCUUCCAGCGACGACGGAUCCGUAUAACUUCCGAAUGGGCCACCCCGCAUUACUAUCCUUUGCGAAACUUUUGUUGGAAAUAGAUUUUGGACAAGCCAUCGAGCUGGCUAUCAGCCCCGACAGUGCUCAGAACCAAGCCGCUUGGGCUACGCUCGUGAGCUUAGUGGAUCGCCUUGAGGAAGAAAGAAGCGACUCGUAUCUCCAGGCCAUCCGGGGAUGUCUUAAUGUUCAUCGAAAGAUAGCGGAGAAGCUGAGGUCCCGCAAUCUGGACGACAAGCGCGCGGAGCUGAGAAUUCGAAAAACGCUCUACAAGGAAGUUGUUCACAAACUCGAGCUUGGGCUCGCAGAGUCCAUCCCUAGGCCAGCUCAUAAACGACAACGAUCGGAGUCACCACCUCCGACACACCGC